AGACUCGGAAUCAGAGCGUGCGUGGUGCUAAUUCCCUUACUUGGGGUCACGUGGUUAUUCGGCGCAUUAGCGUCAACCCACAAAGCAUUCGCCUACAUUUUUGUUAUCUUCAAUUCCACUCAGGUGAGAUGCGAGCCCCCUCCUUUGCGCACCUAUUUUUUAGCUUAAAAAGUAAAUACUUAACCACAAAUCAAAGUCAAGAAAUUAAAAGAAGAUAUGGCAAAGCUCGAAAUUAUUUCACUGAAGAUGGCCAAGGAUUAUGUAAGUACAUUUUUUGGAAAACUUUGGUGACAGUCUUUCUUAUUUUCCUACCCGCAGGGAUUUUCCAUCUUUCUUCUUCACUGUGUGAGAAAUAGUGAGGUAAGGACAAGAUGUUAAAUGAUUGCAAAUUUUAUCAUCUCGUGUUGCCGAAUUAUAAGUUAAGCAAUGUUUUUAGUAACUCGAAUCCAAACACAGAACCAAAAUCACAAGGAAUUUACGAUCAAACCCCUCGAUUACGAACACCUGUUUAUUACGAAAGUUCUCAUGACCCAAAAACACCAAUAGCACUAGAGACAGUUGAUAGCGGAACCUCCACACGCGGGUGGCGGAGCCCCCAUUGCUAUAGAAAAUGGAAACCUAUCGAUCGAUGCGAGAAAAUUUGGUUAUGACGUCAGCGUACGUCCGUCCGUCCAAACUUCCUCACAGACUUGGCAGGGAACGAUCUUUUGAAUUAAUUCUCUUUGAUUAUCCUGCAGAUCAGAGAGAGGUUCAAAAGAAGAAUACGCGUGAUAUUUCCAGCUGCCAGCAAUGGAACUACAAGCGUUAAAAGACACUCUGACCUCAAUGGCAGCAGCAGCGGAAUCCUUUCCCUGCGAAAAAUUGAAGUUAUGCCCAUAAGUACCGAGAACCUAGUGAAAUCACUAUGA